AUGGGAUCUUUUUUAGCUUGGGAGCGGAUUUAUUUAUUAAAAGAUGCUAUAUAUGCAGCAUUAGAUAUUUUAUCCAAAAACAGAAAAAAUAAUCUUCAAAUUAGAAAAGAUUAUAAUCGUCUUAAUAAAAUACUUCUUGAAGAAGAUGAGUGGGAUUUUAUGCUGGAAAUGAUUAACAUAUUAGGACCAUUUUACAAAUCAACACUAAUAUUGGGAGCUAGCAAUUAUGUAACAAUUAGUUUGAUGUAUCCUGUGGUUGAAGCUUUAAAAGAAAAAUUCAAAGUAGAGACAAAUUACGAUGAAUAUUGUGAUGAACCAAUUCUUGAAUCAUCAGAAACUGUUGAAGAAGACAAUGAUGAUGAUAAUAACAGUAAUGGUAAUAGCAGUAAAGAUAAAUCAAAAAAGAAAAAAAUCAAUAUCAAUAAACCACAAGACAUGUAUAGGUUAGCAGAUCAAGUUAGAUACAACCUACAUAAAUAUUUAAAUUUUUAUUGGCCUAAUCUACCUGUAGAAGAAUUAGUUGCAUGUGUUUUAGACCCAAGGGUCAAGAAGCUAAAUUUUAUAACAAGUCAAAAAAGAGAAGAGGUUUUUGAUAUAUUAAAGAAAAUAUAUUUAGAAAUGUGUCCUGAACAAUCACCUACUGCAGAUACUAAUCAAUCCACCACAGAUUCUAGAAUAAAGUCUAAAAAAGUUUAUCAACCUUCUUUAAUGAAAACUAUUUAUGGUAAAACAAAAGAAAAAAAUUUAAAUGAAGUAUCCGAAUAUCAAAACUGGUUAACAGAUCAAAGAUUUGGAUAUCAAAGUUAUUUGAAAAUUGAUAAAGAAAAAAAAGUAAAUGCUCUAAAUAUUCAAAAUUCAUCGAAUAAGGAUGAUGGUGUGACAGUUAAUAUACCAGCAGUAAAAGACACUGGUGGUAAAGUUUUAAAUGCCAUGGCUACAGCAACACCACAAAUUACCGGAGAGUCUGUUCAAACGACAUUAGAGGUAUUAGAUAAAGUUGGUGUAAAAGACAACAUCGAAGAAGCAAUUCGGAAUAUUGAUAAAGAUACUCCGGAACAAAGAGAAGAAGAGAAAAGAAUUACCAGGCGCAUUUAUAGAGACUUAGUAGUAGUUUUGGCAACUUCCUUUAUAAUGUAUUUAUUGGAUCAUUCGUUUUCACCGAAUGGGAUUUCAGAAAUAUUUCACCCGUUGUCACCUGCAGGAUUACAAGGCCCAAUUUAUUAUAAUGGAAUAUUAAAAGUGUUCAAUGUAUUAAGGCCAAAAGUUGAAUCUUAUGAUUCAUCAGUCAAAAAAUUGGACGCUCAAUUUUCUCAAAUUUUGGGCACCAUUUCACAAAUCCUGAUCAUUAUCGCAGCUUCACUUUCCGCCAGUAGUAAUAUAACAUCUCUUAAUGGAACCUCCGACAGUGGUACUGUUACUUCCUUUCCAACUAGACUUGGAGGUUUUGUACAAAUUGAGAAUAAUCAAGUUGAAGAAGAAUCAAUAGCAGUAAAACAUGCCGCCGGAUUUGCUAAAACCACUUUACUGGUAGCAGUUUUAGCUAUAAUUAUGACAUCUAUAAUGAAUGUUAUUAGUUGGGUGAUAGGUAUCUUAGAACUCGGAAAGAAAAAUACCUUAACUAGUCCCAAUGUUCAAACUCUUAUCGACAAUACAAUUUCAGGCAUUUAUUGA